AUGUCGUACAGAGAUUUACUGAAGGGCUGGCAUGAAGCUGUCCAGGCUUUAGAUAAGAAGGACUGGGGUUUGGCCUUGGAACUGUUUUCCAGAAUUGAGGAGCCUUCUUCCAAGAUCUGCUUCAACAUGGGCUGUGUGCACCUGCUAACUGGGAAUCCAGAGGCAGCCCUGCAGGCAUUGGAUCUAACAGUGACUAAAGACUCUUGUCUGGCUGUUGGCUUCUUCCUGAGAGGAGUGAUUCACUUUCAACUAGAAAGGUUCCCAGAAGCUCUUUCUGAUUAUGUCCUGGCCUUGGCCAACCUCAGAAACAAUACCUUCAUUGAUUAUAAACAACUGGGUCUUCGGUACAAGUUACAAGCUUGGGAGGUGUUGUACAACAUGGCAGCUGUGCAGUGCCAUCUGGGACUUUGGGAAGAAGCCACCAGAAACUUAGAAAAAGCCAUCUCCAAGACACCAGAGAGGAGUUCAGCAACUCUAGAUGCUGCCCUGGACCAGGUACAGAAACAAAUUUUUCUGGACCUUCUGCAAUUUCCCAUGGGUGAGAUCUUUCGCCCCCGGAAGAAGGAUGUAGAACAGCUGAAUUCCAUGGAUUUCCUGGGGAAGCCCAAGGUUAUUUCAUCUAUCAAUCCUAAUGACAAGUACAUUGGUUUUGAGCCUCUAAGGCCACAGAAAAUCCAUCAACCAGUCUCCCUGGUGGAGCCUGUCAAUCCCCUGAAAGUGGACAAACCGGAAAAUCACAAUGGAAUCCCAUGUUCACUGACAAAAGAACCUCCUAAAAGACUCUAUUUAGACCAAGUUGGGGAACCAGUUUCUCCACUUCAAGGACUCCCUCCUUCUGAGGAGAUCAGCCUGGGCUCUACAAUAUGUGGUGAAACAUCGGUCCCAUCAUCCCAGGGAGAGGUGUCCAGCAGCCCAGACACAUCCAUCAACCUCAGUGUGAAUUGUACUUUCACUGUGACCUUGGAGGUGAAGAGGGGAACAUCUGUACCUGUCCUCAGAGCCCUGCUAAGAGACAAGCUGCUGCAGCAAUUAGAAGGAGCACAGCUCAGUUACAGCCACCAGGACAGUGGGAAAUUCAUUACCAUUUCUGGGGAAGAUGCAUGUAAAAAGAUGUGGCAGAAAGCAGCAGCAGACAGAAGACUGAAACUCCAGUGCCAAGGAACAGAAUGCUAUGGAGGCCAACGACGGGUCCUUUAUCAAAUGGUUGCUCAGCACAGCUACUCUGCGCAGGGACCUGAAGACCUAGAGUUCCAGAAAGGGGAUACCCUGGACAUUCUCUCUGAAGUGAAUGACCAGUGGCUGGAGGGCCAUUGCUCAGGUCACAUUGGCAUUUUCCCCAAGCGUUUUGCUCAAUUGGUUAGUGUGGCCAAAGAAGAUACUCCAAUUGAGCUAUCCAUGACUUACAGCUUCUGA